ACUUAUCCCUUAUACAAUACAACCAAGGCUCUAACAAAUUGAACAAAUUGAAUUGAGUUUUCACAGUUAGUUUCUUUGAAAAAAUCACCUUAACUUCCAAGAGAGAAGUUACUGAAGAGAGAAAAAUAAAAAAACAUUGCCAAGUUACAACCCAAAAAACUAUCAAUUUUUUUUAAAUCGUCGACGCAACCAACUCUCUUGUAUAUUAAUAAUAAAACUAAGUCUCAAAAUGGUUACCAUUGGGGAGCUCGGUAAAGAUGAUUUACACGGAUUUUCAACGACAGAAAGUACUAAAAAUAGCAUUGUGCGAAUUCUGGAACAGAUACGGCGGUUUCAAAACCGCAUAAGAAAACACAUUGAGGACAACUACGUUAACUUUGUACCAAAUUACACCGCUUCUGACGUGUACAUAGACGAAGGCGAAUCCUUGCUGCGGGAAACAGAGCAUUUACUAAAAAAUGUGGGAAGUGACGCCCGUAUGGCACUAAAUAGUGCCAAUAUAGAACUGACCCAAUGCUUAGAAGAAUUACGAGAAGUUGCAAUGGGACUUAAAUUAUCACAACGUAUUCUAAAAAUAGACGACCUUUUCCAAUGCUUGGAAGAGUCAAACGCUACGAAGGAUUAUUUAACGGCUUUGGAUUUAUUGGGAAAACUUAAGAGCUUAGUUUGCAGCGAAAACUCAUCAGAUGUAGAUUUAUUGUUCCAGAAAUGUGAAUGUUAUGACACGAUUAAAGUGCGGUAUCAUAUCCAGGCAAACAUACUACAGCAGAACCUACAGCAACGAUUUGAAAGUUUGGUGCAAUUUUCAGAAAAAGUAUUUCCUUCUGCAAAAAGUGUAAAUCUGCAAGUUUCCAAAGAUGUAACGCAGUUGCAAGACACUGUUUUAGCUCUGUUCGAGGCGCGUUACAAUCCCAUGAAAUUGUGUGACUUUCUUUUAGAAAACUGUUUAGAACCAAUAAUAACGAAGCCAGUUUCCGUCGAAUAUUGCACCGAAAAGGAUGAUUACUUUCAAAUAAAUAUAUCGUACUCAGUUAAGGCAGGCAAUAAGACCCUGCGACCAUCAUAUAAGCAAGUAUUUAUGUAUGUCAAAAUACUUUUUGAAUGUUUGGCCAAUAUAAAUAUCGAGAUUUCGACGAAUAAAUAUGUGUUUGGAGUUAUUGGAAAUCAUAUUAAGGAGAAAUUCAUAAAACUGUUGGUCGAAGAGUGUUUGAUGUAUUCUAUUCCUGACACGAUGGAUGAAUAUCAAGAGUCCACACUUCUCGAUGAUCUUCAAAAGUUUGAACAAAUGUUAACUGACAUAUGUUUUUUGGAUGCUGACAAAGAUAGAGAACUAAAAGAUUUUGGUGAAAAAUUCAACUAUCUAUUUGAAGAGAGGUUCUCUGUAAAAAUUUUAGAAAGUGCCCGAACCAUUAUGCAAAAAGAUUUGCAGGAUAUGGUAAUCGUUUGUGAAGGAAUUAACGCGAAAGAAGUUGAAGAUAAUAAGUUUUUAUUUCCCCAAUGCAUGAUAUCUAAAAGUACUUUGGAAUUGACAAAGUUAAUGGAGCGAAUAUUACGCCAGCCUCCUAAUUCCCAUCAUGAAACUGAUGUAAAUGACAUUAAUGCAUCGAAUAUAUUUCUGCCCAUAAUAUCGACCAUUGUUACUACCUACUGUUCUGAUGUGCCUAAAAUUCACGAUAAGUUAUUAGAAAGUAUACCGCAACAAUCAGUUCUAUUCUACAAUAACUGUAUGUACCUAGCAAACUGGGUUGCGAAAUACUCGGACGUGGGUAUUCCAACGCAUCCUGCAUUGGUGAAAACGCUACAGUCAACCGGCCUGCGUUUAUUUAAAGUUCAGGAGGCAAAACAGCAGAAAAUCAUUCAGGAAAUUAUGAAAAAUCUAGACAUCUCCGACACGCACUCGAUUGGAUCAGCGCCUUUAAAAUUGGUCCGGCAAUGCUUGCGACAAAUGGAACUAUUGAAAAAUGUUUGGUUGUAUGUUCUACCUGAAACAAUAUACAAUAAAACAUUUUCGUUUAUUCUCAACGAUUUCUUUCAAGAUAUAAUUCGCAGAAUUAUAUCCCUCGAAGACAUAUCUGCUGCAGUGGCGAGUGAACUGAGUGAACUCAUCAGUGUAAUUUUGGAAAGAGUGCCGGACUUAUUCAAGGAAAAACACGAAGCUUUUCAAGUUUCAUCUUGGAUGAAAUUACAGCAAUUGCAAAUGAUUCUCAAUGCAUCUUUACAAGAAAUUGUGGACCAGUGGUGUGAUGGCGCCGGAAUUUUAACAGCAAAUUAUAAAGCUGAAGAAUUGCGACAUCUAAUUCGCGCCCUUUUUCAAAACACAGAUCGACGGGCCAAAGCACUGUCAAGGAUUGUUUAAAGUAUAACAAAAUGUUUUCCAUUUUUAAGUAAACCAAUUUUAAUACAGUACACUUAUACAACAGGCAUAUUAAAAAAAAAAUCACUACAUGUUA